CUUAUCUUUCUCGCAAGAUAAACUCACCAAUAUAUUGACAAUCCUUUUGUACGUUGAUAGUCUUUGUUUUUUUUUUCUUUUUGGUGAGUGUGUGUGAGUGAUCUUGAGAGAGGACGGACUUGCCCUAAAUUCUAUGUAUCUUUCUAUAUGUAAAAAAGAAUUGUAAAUACUAUGACUAUAUAUGACUUCAUGUGUUACGUAUUUCAUUGUGAUCUUGUGGUGAAAUUAAUGUGAAAUAAGUAGAAAAAAUGGAAAUAAAUAAUCCCACCUUUGCCCGAACUGAAAAUAACAAACCUACCUUUUGAUAUUUACGAGGCAAACCUACCUUUGUAUGUGAUCUUCUUUUAAUGAACCUUAUUACCUACAACCUUUUAAACAAGUUAAAAUGUUUUUUUUUAAAAAGACACGUGUCGCUCAAUAAUUGGUCCAAAUAAAACAAGUUAAAGAAAAAAAGAAAUAUAAAAAACCCACCAGUCACCAGCCACCCCCCAAGCCACCGCAAAACCCUAACCCUUGCCCUAGCCCCGAAACCGGCCGCCACCCCCCCAGAAGAAACCGGACGGCCGCCACCCUAAAUCCCCGAAAACGGCCGGUCGGAACCCCCUUAUACUAAAGCCACCCCCGAAUUCACCCCUUACUUACAUUCUACCACCGAAAUUAAACCACCCUAAAUCCACCACAAUCGGCGUCCUUAAAACCAUCACAGUCGCUGAAAACCCCUGUCAAACCGCCGGAAACCCCAAAACCUCUAUCCCAUCACCGAAAAACACCACCCAGCCUCCCUAACCACCUCGAAAGACGCCACCUUACCUCCCUAACCACCCCGAAAUCUCUCUAUUAACACCCUAAAAAACACCAAAACCGCGAAGGUUCUCGGUGUCCCUGGUUGACAGGUGACGACCGGCCAUUUUCAGAGGUUAAGGAGGGAGGCCGACUGGUUUUGGUGGUGGGCGGGGUAAAGGCUAGGGUUUAAAGGUGGUUGGAGUUUUUUCUUUUUUCUUUUUUUUUUUUGUUUUUUUUUUGUUUUUUUGUAAUUUUUUUUAAAUGAAAUGCACCAAUUAUGAUUUGACACGUGGCAUGUAACUCAUUAAACUCGAUCACCAACAGGUCAAGGUUCAUUAACAGAAGAUGACAUACAAAGGUGGGUUUGUUAUUUUCAGUUCGAGCAAAGGUGAGAUUAUUUAUUUCCAUUUUUCCAAAUAAGUAUGUAAAUGGAGAAAAUAUCUAAUGUAAAACAAAACAACCGCCUGCCAACUAAGUUGUCAAAAACUUGUACUUUGUAUUAGUUUGUUGUACUCCGUAGUAUAUAUCCCCACCGAAUCACCAAUGACUUAGCUAACUAAAACUUCUUCUUCAAUCCUUUUCAAGUAUUUCUUGUUUCCAUACUUUAAUUAGUUCCUCUUACCAAAAAAAAAAAAAAAAAAAAAAAAAAAAAAAAAAAAAAAAAAAAAAAAAAAAAACCUUGUAAGAUGAAGAACAUCAAGGUGAAGGAAAUAACAACUGUUUGCCCGGCAGAUGAAGAUACUCCAAAGGGGAGUCUUUGGCUUUCAAGCUUAGACUUGAUCACUCGUUCGCCUUACACACAUACUCAACUUUUGUUCGUCUUUGAUCAACCAUCCUCCUCCUCAUCAUCCUCAUCCUCAUUUUUCGAUACCACCCUUUUAAAGGAGGGACUUUGUAAAGUCCUUGUGCCAUUCUACCCAAUGGCUGGAAGACUAAAAACGGGUUGGAAAAAUGGUAAAGGUCGAAUAGAAAUCGAUUGCAAUGCAAAAGGGGCCUUAUUUAUCGAAGUUGAGACAACACACGAGCUAGACGAUUUUGGGGACUUUACGCCUAGUAGUGAGCUUCGAAAGGUGGUUUUUCCCACGUAUGACUAUGUAGGGGGACUUUCGUCGUUCCCCUUGCUAAUGGUGCAGCUCACACGGUUCAAAUGUGGCGGCGUAAGCCUUGGCAUUGUGCACCAUCACCAUGUAGCCGAUGGUGCUUCGUGUGCGCACUUGAUCAACUCGUGGGCGAGACUUGUAAGAGGUCUUGACCUCGCGGUUCAACCCUUUCAUAAUAGGGCUUCAUGUCUUUCUCCUAGUGACCCUUCACAAGGGAAAACUAUGUUUCGGCAUUUGGAGUAUGAGCCACCCUUACCACCCGUACCAAUUAAAGACUUGUCAGGUGCACUGCCCACGGUAACAGAGCGCCACUUUAAAUUUUCCAAGGAACAAAUCAACACCUUAAAACUACUAGCAACAUCUCAAGGAGGAACACAGCCUUACAAGCUAAGUACGUUUACCGUGGUAGCUGCACAUGUGUGGCGCGCAUCAUGUAAUGCACGAGGCCUCAAGGACGAACAAGACGUGAAACUCUACAUACCAGUUGAUGGACGAUCAAGACUAAAGGACUUAAUGCCACCCGGCUACUACGGAAACUCAAUCUUCUUCACAGCUUGUGUUACUAAAGUUUGUAACAUAAGGAAUAAGCCGUUAUGGUACACUGCUAGCAUGAUUCACAAGGCAGUGAAUAAAAUGAACAACAUUGAGUACUUAAGGUCGGCAAUUGAUUACCUUGAAUCACAACCAAAUAUGGAUGCUUUUGUUCGUGGGGCUCACACUUUUACUUGUCCAAAUUUUACCAUUAAUUCAUGGGUCAAUAUCCCGUUUAACGAGGCUGAUUUUGGAUGGGGUAGGCCCAAAUUUUUCCGACAUGGUGGGAUCCAAUAUGAAGGCCAAUCAUAUUUGAUUGCUAACCAAAAUGGAGAUGGUAGUAUUUCAUUGGCUAUUAAGCUUUAUACUAUCCAUAUGAUUCAAUUUGAGGAGUAUUUGUAUGAUUUCUCUACUCCCCUUGUUACUAGGCUAUAAUUUGAAGAAAUAGUAUCACUUUCUGUUCUUGAAUAAUUGACAGGUUCUUUUGAGCCCGUAGUUAAAAAAUAUGUUGAAAAGAGAUGAUAAAUUAAGUUAUUUUUAGUAAAGUAAGAGAAAUUACUUUAUAUUGUAAGAAAAGUAAACAUAUGAGAGUAAAGAAUAUAUGGUCUAUGAGAGCUUAGGUUAAAACAUGGGAAAUUAUCAAUGGUACACCCAAGUUUCGGGCUUUUAUCAAUGGUACACCAACAUAGUUUUUGUUUAUCAGCGGUACACCCAAGGUUUCAUACGAUUAUCAACUAUACACUUAACGUUAAACAAACGUUAAGUAAAGAUUAAGUUGGGGUUUAAUUCGAUUUUUUUAACUUAAAAAAUUCCCUCCCUUUUUUUCCCCUCUUCAUUUUCCCUCCUUUAUGUACUCUACCCUACCCACCCCCUCUUCCUCUAUAUAUAGUUUCCCUCCUUUCUGAUUUUCCCUUUUCACACACAAACAUACAUAUAUCUACUCAAACACACCCAAUUCGAAUUAUUUGUGCAAAAAAUACAACAAUAAAGCAACAAAUAAUAAUCACAGGCACAUUGUGCAUAAUUUAAACCAUAAUUCGCUAACAAUUGUACAUGGAAACCAAAAUUCAACAAUUUAAACAAAAAAAUUCAUAUACUACCAAAACUAAACGAAAGUCAGAAAAUCAAAGACUCAGAUGAAAACUUAACUUAAGCGAUCAACAAUGAAGUGCAUAAUUUGCUAGAAUUUUGUUCAA